CCAGAGGUGGUUUGUACUUUACGUCACAGAGAAGCCAGAGAUGCCAAAGACUCAGAAGUAUGUACUCAGAAUGCACACGUACAGUACGUAGGUUGAUUCUGCUUUUGAACUUUUUCUAGUAUUAAAUUAGCCUCACUGACAAGACUGUGACCAUACUUCACUAGUUUUUAAAUCAGCAUUUAUGAAUUUAAUUUUCUUUCUUUCUUUCUUUCUUUCUUUCUUUCUUUCUUUCUUUCUUUCUUUCUUUCUUUCUUUCUUCUACCUCAAUCUAUCCACUUUAAAACAAAAGGUGGUGUUAACAAUGUGCCACCAGUAACUUUUAUCGUGUGCGCACUUUUCUCUUCCUGUUUACAUCGUGUUUAUUUGCCCAGCUCUCAUUCAAUUUAAUUAUAUUAAAGUUUUAUUCACUACGUGACUUGUUUGUCCCCGCAUGAAAAACAGAUUUUCUGCAUCGCUCAGCUAUCGGCCAAAGCUGUACGAAAAACCGAGCGCACCUUUCCCCACACAGCUGCCCAUGUAGGAACAGGAAGUUCAGGAACAGGGAAAUCUGAAAAGAAACAUCUACUAGAAAUGAGCCGAAUUUACAACAACGAAUCUUUACAGAAUAAACCAGUACACAAUGAGAAGUUUGGUGGUGUGUGGUCUCCCUCUACGUAUGAAAGUGGUCAGGGCGUUCUCCUGGAAGGCAGCCUGCUGGACGUGUCUCGACACGUGAUCAGUGAUGUCCGUAAUCAAAAGGUUCGCUACUACGUGCUGUACAUCAAACCAAGCCGCAUCCAUCAAAGGAAGUUCGAUGCCACAGGGAAGGAAAUAGAGCCAAACUUCAGCGACACCAAAAAGGUCAACACUGGCUUCCUCAUGUCAUCCUACAAGGUGGAAGCUAAAGGGGAGUCAGACUGUCUGUCCCAGGAGCAGCUGUCAACUAUGGUGAACAAAGCAGAGCUGGUGAAAAUAACGGAAAGGCACCAGCCCAGUGGUUCCUGGGCCUUCUGGUACCCAGAGUCUGAAAUGGACAAAACCGAGCUGGAAGCAGGACAGAGUGUGCGACUGAAAACGAGAGGAAACAGCCCUUUCAUAUUCUCUUUAGCCAAAGUGGAUGGCGGCACGGUGACCAAAUGUAACUUUGCUGGUGAUGAAAAGGCCGAAGCAUCGUGGACUGACAAGAUUAUGGCCAACAAAGCAAACACGGGCAGCGCUCAGAAUCCUGGAGAAGGAGCCGGAGCGGAGGAGGAUGAAUGGGAGGACUGACUGAGGGAAGCGCCUCCUGCUAGGUGACUCCAUACCUGUCUCUGUACUCCUGCUUUGCAUCUAAAUACAUUGGUAUAGUAACGCCUGGCAUCACAUCUACAAUAUAGGACCAGACUUCUCCAAAUCUGUAUCAUGUAUGUGCUUCUUAGCUUUAAUACAGACUACCAGUUUGACCUCAUCCCUUUAUAUGAAUUAAUAAAAUAAAAGUGGUUACAUUAGA